AUGUUCAACCGAGUAGACGUCCGUCGGAACCCAAACUACGAAAGCUACGUGUGUGCGUGUGUGUUGUUUGUUUGCGCGAGUCCAGCGAUCUCGGUAGUAAGAAGUACUACACAAAGUCGCGAAAUCAAACCACUGGACGGCGUUCACCGCGAGGUCCAAUGCAAAAGAAAGGGACUACGUGCGACUCGUCGAGAUACUCAACUCGAGCGACACGCCACUCGCGCCAGUCGUUUGCGGUCAAACCAAGCACCACCACUUGCCCGCGCGUUCUCUUGUCGCUUUAGCGCCUCUUUUCUUUCGCUCUCUGCGUGUUCAAUUGUCAUUGUUGCUGCCCGAACCUUCUUUUGCCAUCGUCCCGUCGACAGCUCGCACAAGAUGGAGCAGGUGCAAGAUUCGGCAGCAGUCCAGUCGCGCCCGUAG